GCUGAAGCUAGAGACGUGACUCGGUUUCUAUGGAUAAAAGAUAUCACGAAACCGAUUUCAGAUGACAAUCUUAUUCACUUGAGAUUCUGUCGUGUACCAUUCGGCAUUAUUUCUAGCCCCUUUCUACUCACAGCUACUAUACGUUACCACUUGUCUAAGAAGAAUGGUGGUAUUUUGGAACGUAUUGCAGAUAAAUGCUAUGUGGACAAUUUAGUUACGAGCGCCAAUAACAUACAUGAAGCCCGCGAAUUGUAUGCUGAAGCUAAGACCGCAUUCCAAGAAUUGUCAAUGAAUAUUCGAGAUUGGACUUCCAAUGAUAAAUCCCUAAUGAAGGAAAUACCUGAGCAAUAUAGGGCCAAAGAAUUAGACCAAGUCAAGGUAUUAGGUUUACUUUGGAAUGUAGAAGACGAUACACUUCAGUUGAAACUCAAGGAGGACAUAUUUAAUGAGACAAGGAUAUUGAAAGCUAACAAGAGAGAAGUUUUAAGAACUUUAGCCUCCGUUUACGACCCUUGUGGCUUCGUGUCUCCUUUGACAAUGCCGGCUAAGCUUUUACUUCAAGAACUAUGGCGAAAAAAGUACAGAUGGGAAACCAAACUACCUGAAGAUCUUCUAUCUCAGUGGAAAGACACAGUGUCAAAUUUAAGCGACAUUAAACAUAUUAAAUUACCAAGACAUCUAGGCCAUGAUAAGGAAAAGGAAAACGCUAAGUUUGAGCUACACUGUUUCACUGACGCAAGCCAAAACUCUUAUGCAGCUGUUGCGUAUCUACGAUCUGAAGAUACAAGUGGCGUCCAAGUGACACUGCUAAUGUCAAAAGCUCGUGUAGCUCCACUGAAAGAUAAAGAAAACUUAAAGAUACCAAGGUUAGAGUUGCUUGGUUAUUUGAUUGGUAACAGACUGCUCACCUACCUAGUUAAGUCCAUAGCACUCCCUAAUGUUAAACAAUUUCUUUGGACUGAUAGUCUGGUCGUUCUCAGUUGGAUAGAAUCUAAAAAGUUAUUGCCUCCAUUUGUUACAAGAAGAGUGGAAGAAAUAAAACAGAACAUGGAAGUACAUCGGUGCUACAUCAACACUGAGCAUAAUCCUGCAGAUAUUGCAACUAGGCCAGAAACAUGGAUCGAGAAAAAACAUUUAUGGUUCCAUGGACCAGCAUUUCUUGCCGCAGACAAAAGAACGUGGCCGAGAAAUAUGCACCUGGAAGACCACGUCGUGUCUGUUUCAGCAGCGGCGGAGGGUCUGGACGAGGUACAGACACUAAUUCUCGACGAUAGACCUAGUGAAGAAACUGAGAGGACACAGCCAGUGGUACAGAUGAACUCUCAACUACAGGAAAUCAUAGAUUUGCAAUCCAGUCACUUUCCUGAAGAAUUCAAGGGCAAAGAAACACAUCUGACUCGAAACCUAGGAUUGUUUAAAGAUGUAGACGGUAUUCUUCGUUGUAAAGGUCGUUUGAUGCACGCGGACUUAUCAUACGAAACUCAGCAUCCGAUCUUACUACCGAAGGAUUGUGAAUUCACGACAAAGAUAAUAAAAGAUGCUCAUGAAAGCCACUACCAUGUAGGCGUACCACAUACACUGAGUGUAAUACGUCACCGAUAUUGGAUACCUCAAGGUCGAGUACAGGUUCGAAAGGUUAUUCAAAAAUGUCCACAGUGUAUUAAGCACGGCGGAGGCCCAUACCAGCUGCCUAAAACCCCGGCUCUGCCAGUUGAAAGAGUAAAGUAUUCAAGUCCAUUUACAUAUACAGGCGUAGACUACUUUGGCCCAAUGCAUGUUGAAACAAGUAAUGGCAAAGAAAAGAGGUGGAUCUGCUUAUUUACAUGUCUGGUGGUACGAGCCAUUCAUCUGGAGGUAGUACAAGAUAUGAGAGCGGAGGAAUUCCUACUGGCACUUAGGCGAUUUGUGGCUUCCAGAGGAGCCCCUUCACAUAUAAUGUCUGACAACGCGAUGCAGUUUAAAUUGAUGUCUGAAGUCUUGUCAAGUAACUACUGUACACAAAAUAAGAUCUUUUGGAAAUUUAUACCACAAUUAGCACCCUGGCAUGGUGGCGUGUACGAGCGACUUGUAUCGGUGGUGAAACACUGUUUGAAGAGGACAUUGGAGAAGCACCUGUUAAGCGACAACCAGCUGUUGACGGUCCUGAAGGAAGUGGAAGCCGUAGUCAACACAAGACCUCUUACUUAUGUGGGAGCAGACGUGGACUAUGUUUUGAAACCGGCAGACUUUUUAUCGAUGGGUAAAUGUUUAGAGUUAGAUCUGCCUAUUGACCAGUUGACUCCUGCAACCAUUACAAAGGAAACCCUCGUUGAAGGAUGGAGAAGGGGCCAGAAAGUGAUGAAAGAGUUUAAGAACAUGUUUAUUGGGCAAUACCUUCUCAACCUUAGAGAAAAGUAUCAGCACUCGCCCAAACAACCCAGAGUAAUGUCACACAUCAAACCUUGUGUAGGCGAUAUAGUGCAAAUUAAAGGUGAACAGAAAAACCGGAAUCAAUGGAAAGUUGGAAAGACACAGUGUCAAAUUUAAGCGACAUUAAACAUAUUAAAUUACCAAGACAUCUAGGCCAUGAUAAGGAAAAGGAAAACGCUAAGUUUGAGCUACACUGUUUCACUGACGCAAGCCAAAACUCUUAUGCAGCUGUUGCGUAUCUACGAUCUGAAGAUACAAGUGGCGUCCAAGUGACACUGCUAAUGUCAAAAGCUCGUGUAGCUCCACUGAAAGAUAAAGAAAACUUAAAGAUACCAAGGUUAGAGUUGCUUGGUUAUUUGAUUGGUAACAGACUGCUCACCUACCUAGUUAAGUCCAUAGCACUCCCUAAUGUUAAACAAUUUCUUUGGACUGAUAGUCUGGUCGUUCUCAGUUGGAUAGAAUCUAAAAAGUUAUUGCCUCCAUUUGUUACAAGAAGAGUGGAAGAAAUAAAACAGAACAUGGAAGUACAUCGGUGCUACAUCAAC